AUGUCUAUCAAGGACGAGUUCGCGACGAGGAACUUCAGUAUCUACGGACAAUGGCUCGGAAUCCUGUCCAUGAUUCUAUGCUUUGCGCUAGGCAUUGCCAACUUCUUCAACCUGUUCAAGCCUCUCCUCAUCAUCUUCGCCAUCCUUGCCCUUGUCUCGUUCUUCGUCAUCCUCUUCGUUGAGGUCCCGCUCCUGCUCCGAAUUUGCCCGACGUCCUCUUCUUUCGAUGCCGCUAUCCGUAAGGUCUCGUCCAACUACAUGCGUGCCGCCGCCUACGGUGUCAUGGCCCUUGUCCAGUGGCUCAGCAUCCUCGUGCACACCAGCAGCUUGAUCGCCGCUGCCGUAGUCCUGACGCUGACGGCCGCGUGCUACGCAUUGGCCGGCGUCAAGGGCCAGGCUUUCGUUGGGAGCAAGACUCUAGGUGGCCAAGGCGUUGCUCAGAUGAUCGUAUAA